UACUUCUCUUAUCAGGAGAUGUUGAACUCAAUCCUGGUCCUAUAAUUGAUGAUCAACCAACUUGUCUCUUAUUUGCAAAGUAUCUUAAACCACUUGUUGACUGGAAAUCAUUUGCUCUUUGUCUUCCUGGAAUAACACAAUCUGAUGUCAAUAUAAUCAAUAAAACAAAAAGAAAUGCUCGCUUUAAAAAAAUGGCUUUACAUAAGAGAUGGUUACAAGUUAAUCCUCAAGCAUCAUGGAGAUGUGUCAAUGUUGCUUUGAAACAAUGUAAAGAGAAUAAACUAGCUAGAGAUAUUGAAAGAAAAACAACAGUUUCUACUCAAAGGACUUGUAAUGAUGAUAUAAAAGUGCUGACCAAUGCUAAUCCUGACCCUAUAGUAGCAGGUAAUCCAAAAGAUAUAUUAAGGACUCAUUCUGCUAAACUCACUGAUGCUAUUGCCACUAACCUUUACAGAGUAACUGAUGCACUGUAUGCUGAGAGACUGAUACCACUGAAUACUAAAGAGGAAGUAUAUGCUAGAGCAACAGGAUUAAAUGAUUCUAGAAAAUCAAGUCAAUUAGUGAAUGUAUUGCAAAAACAAUUGGGAGCCUCUCUUAAUCCAAAGCAGUUUCUUAUUGAAACAUGCCAUGUAUUAACAAAGCAACAACAUUGUAUACUAACAGAUAUUGCUACCUCUAUAUUACACCAGUUAGGUCAGUCUAUACCUGAUAAUGUCAGUUCACAUACUGUACCACCAUUACCAGCCGAUGAUAUAUCCAAUACACCAGUUACUAAUAUAAGAGAUAAAUUGUAUAAUUUACCAGCUGAUGUAACAAAAAUACGUGAAACUAAAUUAUCUGUCAGUGAUCAAUUCAUAGACUGGAAAGGAUAUGGAUUGAGGAUAAAACUGCUUAAUAAAUUAUCAUCAGAAAUAACAGUGCAUGCAACUGCCCUUGUUGGAGGAAAGCUGUUUGAGUUACCAGAAAAUACAAUUCUUGUUAGCGUAAUUUAUGCUGUAUCUACCUCCAUUCCUCUGCUGAUGAGACUAGAGUUGCAACACUGUGUUGAUCUAAAAAAUCAUCCAAGUAUGAGUUGCUAUCUUAGAUUUGCCACUGCUUCAAUUAAUGAUGGUUCUCCUUACAAGCUUACACUAAAAAAAGGAAAUUUUAAGUCUAGUGCCAGUAGUGGGUACGGGUCUUUUGACUAUAAUACAAAUUGUUUUAUAUGUAUUUUGGGACUAAAAAAAGGCACUGUCAAUGGGAGUAUUGACCAUGAAAUAAUGAAACAAGAGCAAAAACAAAAAGGAAGUAGAAAGCAACACAAAACUUAUCAGCUUCGAAAAUAUGCUCAAAAAGAAUGUCAACAAGGCAAGUUACGUAAACAUGGACAAGACAAACAAAAAAAUGAAGGUGAAGUAGUUGGAAAACUUAAAACUACAAGCAUAAUGCAACAAAAGCAAAAACAAAAAGGAAGUAGAAAGCAACACAAAAAUUAUCAGCUUCGAAAAGACGCUCAAAUGGGAUAUCAACAAGCCAAAUUACGUAAACAUGCAAAUGGACAAGACAAACAAAAAAAUAAAGGUGGAGCAGUAGCAGUAUUGUUUCUUUGA